AUGGAGCCUGUGGAAGAGGCCACGGUGAGGAAAAGUGACUCCCCAGGCACAGGACAGACUCAGAGCUACCUGGAUCCACCACAGCGCGUAGGUGAAAAGCGUCCAUUCUGGCCUCAAGUAGUGCACCAUGUUGAUCAACGAGCCGAAUCCCAUGACCUCUGCCCCAAGGAACACGCUGAGUCGGUGGUCUCUGAGCAGCCCCCAAAAGGAGACACCAUCGUAGCGGCUGAACAGCACAAAAUAGCGCAGGAAAAAAAGCGCGUGAAUGAUGAUGAAGGCAACAAGGUCAAUGAAGAAAUACACGAUUCCCACGUAUCUCAUGCCCACACGGACCUGCUCGAUCGGAAAGUUGUACAUCACCAAGCUUGUGAUGCCCAGCCCCAUAUUGAUCACGAAGUAUAUCGGGUGGAAGUUCGCAAGCACGUUGUCCAUAAACGUCCCAAGCUGAGACGCCGUCUUGGUCUCAAACAACGAAAGAGAAGACGCCAUUGGGAAAACAUUGGAGCAGACGCAACAUUUAUAUGA